AAAAUAGCAUACACAUCCGGUGUCAUGUCUGCUCCGUAACAAACUCGUGCCUUGACUGAAGCGGCUUGGGUCACACAUGGACCAUGGAUUAACAUUAGAGUGACAGGUUCUGGAUUUGAGUCUGUUAUUUGACUAUUUAUUAAUUGUUAAACCGAGGAGUUUUAAAGCAUGGCAGAGGCAAUAUCGGAGAAAAGUCGUGUGCGCACGUUUGCAGAGCAGCAAAUGCUUCGCCAUGGUUGGCAACCAGGGAAAGGUUUGGGACGCCACGAAGAUGGAAUGUCUGAACCCAUCAAAGUCAAAGUGAAAUGCGGCAAAGGAGGGGUUGGCCACAAUCUAGGUGAACAGUUUACCUUCAAAUGGUGGGACCAUGUCUUCAAUAAGGCUUCCUCAAAUUUGUCUGUUGAAUCUGGACAGGAUGGGAUUACAGUGAAGAAAGUGAACGAUGAUGAAGAGGAGAAGGGUAUGAUCUCCAACAAGCGGCCCCUCAAGGCGAUGCUGUCCAAAGACAUGGCGUACGGACGCUUCGUGAAGUCAGCUACUCUUUUGAGUGGAGAAGAGCAGCCUGAGCAGAGAGCAUCAAGUUCAGAUGACAGCAGUGACUCUGAGGAUGAUGAUGAUGACCGCAAACUUGACCUCUCCUCUGCCGCCCACUUAACUGAUGCUGAACUGCUGAAAGUAUGUGGAGGAAGGACCGCUCACAAGGGAGCCAGACACGGCCUAACCAUGAACGCCAAACUGGCCAGACUGGAGCAGCAAGAGCAGGAGUUUAUGGCUAAGUACGGCAAGAAGGCAACAGCAGUGGCCCCUUGCACCGAGCCUCCUACCCUCCCAGCUACCCAGAGCUCGAGCAAUGAAGACGGCGCCCCUAAAAAGACCAAGCCCAAGAAGGAGAAGAAAAAGAGAAGCGAGGCGGAAGAAAUCCAAGACAGUGUUGUCGUCCUAGAGAUUCCUGACAUCCCUGAUGAAGGCAGAAAGCAGAAGAGGAAAAAAAAGAAGAGUUCCGCGGAGCAAACGGACACAGAUGCAGGGGAAGCUCCUCUGGAAGACCAGCAGGCCGACGACGCCGAGUCAAAGAAGAAGAAGAAGAAGAAGAAGAAACGCUCACGUAACCAGGAAACGGAGGAAACAAACGGGGAGGACUUCAAAGACGACGUCACCAUUGUGACAGCGGAAGAGCCUAUAGCCGAUCAGUCUGCAGCCACAGAUGUUGACUUUCAAAAGACUUCAAAGAAAAAGCGCUCAAAGAAGAGCUUAUCAGGGGUAGCAAAUGGUGUAGCCUCUGUAGCAAGUGGACAUCAUACAGACACAAUACAUGGGUGUGAAGAAGACUGUGAGGUCACAGCAGAAGCAAAGGAAGAAUGUCCUGUACAUCAGCAGGAACUCGUAGAUGUGGGCCCCAAAAAGACAAAGACAAAGAAGAAGAAGUUGUCCUCAAAGAGUAAAGAGGAUAUUCCCACACUCCACGAGGAACAGACGCAGAAUGAGGAGCCCGCAGAGGAGGUGCCAGGUGUCACGGAAGGAGAGGAGAGGACGGCCGGAAAGAGCAAAGCCAAGAAAAGGAAAGCGUGUAAAGAGAAUGAAAAUGGGUUAACUGAUGGCGACUCCACUACGACGAAAAAAAGAAAAAAGGGGAAGAGGAAAGAUGGCCCAACUUGCGAGUGACUGCUGAUCUCUAAUCAAUAGCUUUGAUUAACAGCUGAUCUCUGAUCAAUAGCUCUGAUUAAUAGCUCUUACUCUUGCCACUGUGCUUUUACAGAUGGAUUUGGGUUGACUGUGUGCCAAUCAAUGGCUUCCAUCAAGGCCUUUUAUGGUGGAGAGGGGAAGGUGUCAGUCAUGGACUAUUUAAUGGACUAUCUCUCAUAUUUUGUACAGAUGACUGGACUGUUCUCACUGUAGUGUUGCUAGGUAUGAUUUGGUGAAUGAUUACUUGAAAAAUAUCUUACAAUAAUUCAACUUUAAUCCCCUUGUCAGGCAGACUGUCAGUAUAUGUCCUACUUAGGUCCCAGGUAUUAAGAUGUUAUAAACUACUUACUCCUGUAAACUAAGUGUAACACAUGGAGUUAGUGGUCUGAUAAAGGCCUCCACACCACAUUCGUGUCUUUGAGAAACUGCCUUACUCCUAUGGAUGAAUUUCUAAGAAAAUUAUGAAUUUGAGUCCUUAUUGUCAGGCUAACUUAGGAAAGCAAACUGUUUUUCUCUGGUCCAGGGAAAGUUAUUCAUAGGAAGUAGUCCACUUCCUGAUAGUCCUAAUUGAGUAUACUUGUAAAAUGAAUCCUAGUGCAGAAUAUAAAUGGUGCCUUUUCAGAGGCUACUUGACAUUUGUUGAAGGAGAUAUUGUUGAACAUGAUGGCUUAUCUGAGCUGUGGCCUUAAGUAAAAUCAUAAUGUCUACUCUU